GAUUGUUGAAAAGUAAAGAAAUUGCCUGCCAAACAUUCAUUGUUGCAAUGUGUUUUUGUUAAAAAGAAAUUUUAACAAGGCUCAAGAAGAAAAAUAUCUGGAUUAUGUAGCUGUAGCCGCGAUACACCGAAAUAUUAUUCGCCUGACUUGAAUUAACGCCGUCAAGUGCGCACCGAAAAAUACGUCAUACGUCAGAUAGCGAUCAAACCCCAACUGACAGAAAAAAACGUCUGAGACUCGCUUCAGUCCGGGUCUUAAAUAUACACUGGGUCAUUGUAAUAAAAAAACACACAUUUGGGGUUCUAUUAGAGGAAAGGCGGCAUAUUAGAACCACUAUCCAAUUUAAGUUUGAUAUGAGGGGAAGCUAUUUUUUGUUCUAUCCUCAAAUGUACGGUAAACAUGAAAGGUAGCUGUGCUUGAGUUCAGUGUGUUCUGGGAGCACGCAGAGAAAAGGACACUUUGAAAAUCUCCGCCGCAUUUACGCCUACCAAGACCUACAGAGAUGAAGAGAAGUGCUACCUACAGGGAGAAGUUCCUUCACUCCGUCUUUCUGUUCUGGGCGUUCUUUGUCACGGGCAUCCACAAUGCCAUGCAUGGCCCCGCCCUCCUUGACCUGGCUCAGAUCACUCAUACCAAUGUAGAACAAGCCUCUGUGUUCUUCACCGCCAUGGCUGCGGGUGGAUUACUGGGGACGAUGUGUCUGAGCUGGCUCUUUGAUCGCUUCCCCCGCCACCAGUGCCUCCUUCUCGGCGUCGCCAGCUUCGGUGUCGGCAUCACGAUGGCUGCAAUACCCUGGAGUUUACAGUACAUCCUCACCAUAGCGCUCUGCUUCAUCAACCAGUUCCUCAGUGGUGGAAUGGAAACAGUAUGCAACACCGACAUGGUCGCCACGUGGGGCAGUGAAGGCAAUAUGCAUCUUCAGUUCAUGCACUUCACAUUGGCCGCCGGAGCAACAAUAGCUCCUCUCAUUGUAGAACCUUUCCUUGCAAAAUCCCAGAAUUUGAACUUAAUAUCAUCUGAUGAGACCGCCAAUGGAACCGUAUUUCCCAGUUCAAUUUCAACAUCUCACAGUCCAGUAUUCUUGGCGGAGCCGAAUAAUUCCGUAAUAUAUAACGUAACAAAUACUACGGGUUUUUUGCCUCGUCAUGACCAGGCGGAAGUGCCCAGUCUUAUUCAGUACGCAUACCUUAUCAGCGGAGUCAUGUCAAUCACGGCUGCAGUUCCCUUUCUUGUGGAGAUUUGUACGUCAGACAGGAGAUCGCGACAUCGGCCUGCUCAGUCAGACCUGAUAGCCAGACCUGCUCUACCCCCGAGACUCAGAUAUCCAGUUUUUAUAUUCGUAGGAUUAUUUUUCGUAUGUACGUGUGCCGCGGGCGGCUCGUAUAUCGCCUACCUGGCUACCUUCUUUGUGAAACAACGUGGAUGGACGAAAUACCUCGCGUCCUUAAUUACGACAGCCUUCUGGGGGAGUCUAUGUCUGUUUAGGCUGGUAGCGGUUGUCCUGUGCAAGUUUCUUUCUCCUUUGGUGAUGAUGAAUGUGUUCCAGACGUUGAUGCUGCUGUCGAUGCUGAUGACGUGGCUGUUUGUUCACUUGGACUCCGACACGUGUCUCUGGAUAUCUGUUAUCGGGACGGGUGCAUCAAUCUCAACCUUGUUUGCCUCCAUGGUUGCUUACGUCAAUAAUGACGUCAUGCCCGUGACGGGUAGUGUGACGACAAUCGUUAUGAUUGGCUCUAAUAUUUCGGGGAUAUUGAACCCGGUCGUGAUGGGGCACCUGCUUCAAGAAGUAUCGGUUAUGUGGUUCGUGUAUUUGCCUAUCAUUGAACAGUCUGCUGCGUUUGCUGCUUUCUUGGGUCUGGUGUUGUAUUCCAAGGUAUGCAUCAGUCCAUACGUACAGAAGUGUUCCGUGCUAACUGAGGCUGAGGCAGACCUGGACACUCCUGUUAUGAAGAACACAGAUUGAUUUAAUUAUCGUCUUGAAGAUCUUUAUUUACUAACUAAUUCCUCAUCUCACCAGCUGUUGUGUCACACUGACACUCCUGUUAUGAAGUACACAAACUGAUUCAAUAAAUCGUGAUAUGUGACGUCGAACACAUGCUUGAAAAUUUGUCUUGACGAUCUUCAAUUAGGAACUAACUCCGCACUUCCUGAGCUAUUGUGUCACAUUGACACUCCUGUUAUGAAGUGCACAGACUGAUUUAACGGCCGUGACAUGUGAUAUCGGACAUAUGCUUAAAAACUUGUUUUGAACAUCUUCUAAUACGAAAACCAACUCUGCACUUCCUUUUUGAGCUUUUACAUGAUACUGACACUCCUGUGAUAAACAAUUAUGGAGAUUCAUUUACUAAUCGUGAAUCACGAAAAAAUGCGGAUCACGUGCCGAAAAUCACGAAUAAGUGACUGUGAAAAAUUCUCUAACACAUGUACGAGGGUUGAUUGAUCAGUUCUAAAGCUCACGUAGAAAGCCUUGACAAAGAGACAUUAAAGUUGUUUAUUUUGUCAACAUAAACCCCUUCGACAUUGAUACACUUUUGCCUACGGUGCUGUAGGGAUUUCAUACCAGUAUUUCUUGGAAAUCCAAAAGGUUCCGGCUUGAACUGUCUUCAUGUUUGGAAUAGACGGGAGUUUGAUGGAGCCAGAUCAAGAGAAUAAGGUGUUCUGAAGGAGUUCAAAGCCGCACCCGUACAUUCUAACCAUGGCGCCGACUGAUUCGUGCUGAUGGAGAAGCACAUUUGUUCGCAGCUUCCCACGUCUCUUAGUAUUUAUUAUGCAGCAUCCCUGGACACGGAGGCCAUAACCUUUCCAGCUGAUGGGACUGUCUCUGCCUUCUUUGGUGAUGGUGGUGUCAAAUGCUUCCACUGUUUUGAUUGUUGUUUGGACUCCGACAGGAACAUGUGAAUCGUUGCAAGAACCUUUCUGCACCAGCUUCAAACAGAGAUAGAUUAUCACUGGGCAUGAUGUGCUUGGUGCGUUUUGGUCAGACGCCAGAAGCGUUGGAACCCGACGAAUUGAUACUCUCUUUAUUGCCAAAGUCUUCUGUAAUAAUAUAAUGAAAUCUUACGUAUUAAAUGUCUUCUGAAUA